AUGUCUGCAGUUUCUAUCACAAGGAAGCCCACUGGGAAUGAUACAGAAUGGGUCAUUUACAGAGAUAUUUCAAUGUCACCCUAUGACAUUGCUUGGGUAGCAAUGAUUCCAGUGCCACUCUAUAAAGAAACGAAGUUAUCAAAAGAUUUUAAACUUGCUUUCCCUGAAUGUUUUGCUUGGCUAUUAAACUCUCAGAACGAGAGUGGCAGUUGGUCACGUACCGGAGCUUGCAGCAUUGCUCCCGAUCUUUCGAGUCUAUGGAGUUUAGGCGUAUUUAAAGAUCAUGCUGGCACAUAUUUCGAAGAAAGAUUACGAGAAAUAGGUUUUACUUUAGAACAUUUUAAUAAUAUAUUUGAAAAAGGAACCUGUUUCAUGCGAUAUGCGUUAAACGAAUGGGAUAUUGACGAUGAUGAUGCUAAUAUGGCAGGAUUCGAAAUUGUGGCCCCAUUUCUUAUAUCACAAUUGGAGAAACUAGACUCUCCGAUCUUCCUCGAUUUCCCUAAUAAGAAGCGGCUCCUAAAAGAAAAUAAGCGGAAAAUAAGUCAAAUUCCAAUCGAAGCGAUGUCUAAACUAGCAUCAAUACAUCAACCACUUGAAGCAUUUAUUGGAGUUAUCAACCUUUCAUGUAUUCAAAAUUCCAGAUUUCAAGCGAUAAAUGGAAGUUAUGGUUCGUCAGCAAUAACAGCGGCAGUAUUAAUAGAUGCGCCAAAAUGGGAUGAUAAAGCGUACGAAUUCUUACAAAAAAUUAUUUCAAGAUGUUUCUAA